GAGAACGUCAAUUGGAACAAAAGAGAUUUUUCCGUGGCGCAAAAAGUGAUUUUCUCUCUGCCAGUUUUGAGGCGGAUCGUAAAUUGUGUGAUGGCGAAUCUCCGGCUCUUUUUCAUCCUGCUGCUCCUCACGGCGCUCGUGCACGGAGUUUAUCGGGUGAGGCGACGCGAGAGAUGCCCAAAGGUGAAAGCCAUGAGGAACUUCGAGCUGGCGCAGAUGAUGGGCUUCUGGAACGUCGUCCAGUACUUCGCCUCCACCGAGGAGGCGCCCGAGUACUCGUGCAUGCGGAGCCUGUUCAGCUUCUCCUACGAAGAUCUGACCGUGACAAUGAACUUCACGUACAUCUACGCGGAUGAUCCACUGCAUGAGGUGCAGCAGGGCAACAUAACGUGGAUUAUACCCAAUUUCGCAGCAUCUGCUCACUGGGUGCACGCAGAAGACAUUUAUGAAGGAAUUUACAACACUUACAUAAUUGACACUGAUUACAAGUCAUGGGCGCUGAUAAUGCACUGCGCGGAGAAGACAAAAGACCCACCGAGAUACCUGUCGGCGCUGCUGCUGUCACGAGAGAAGCAUCUUGGGAUCAAUGUGAUUAAUUUCCUCAGGGAGAAACUGCCGAGGUACGACAUUGAUAUCUCUUUCAUGUUCCCAAUUGAGCAGGGGAAAUGUGACGAAAGUGGCUCCAAAUCAACGGGACUUGGUGUUAAGCAACCGAUGAAAGUAAUCCACAAAUAAGUCCGCUUCUUCGUUAAUUCGCUCAUUUGCACUGUGUAC